CCGUGGGGAGGAGAGCGGUGAGUCACGCGCGCAGCCACGCAGGCCGUGCGCCUCCCCGGCCAGGGCGCGGCCGUGCGCCGGGUGGGCUAAGGGGGGGUGGCGGCCGAGUCUCCACCCGCGGCCCUCCCCGGCCUCGCCCCUUGUCCCGCCUGGCCCCGCUGCUCUCCUCCUCCUCGUCCUCCUCCUCCCUGUGCCUGAGCCCCGCGGCCACAGCCCGGAGGAAACGCCUCUCCGGCAGCCACAGCGCCUCCAGCCGGGUGGGUCCAGCCUCUCCGCUCGCCUGCUUCCCUUCAGCGCCUGUGCAGGUUCUGCAACAUGGAGCAUGUCGCUGCAGCCAACAAUGCCUUUGCCCUUGGCUUUUUCAAGAAGUUGAGUGAAGAUGAUCCCCGGAAGAACUUGUUUUUUUCUCCAAUGAGUAUUUCUGCUGCUCUGACCAUGGUUUUCCAGGGUGCAAAAGGCAGUACUGCAGCCCAGAUGUCAAAGGUACUUCAUGUCAUCCACGAUAAAAAAUCUCAGCCUAAAGUGGAGAAAAGCAAAAUACCCCGUGGUACGGAGCAGCAGAAAGUCAGUUCCGCAUGGCCACCUAGUGUCACUUCCACAUACCAACAAAAACUGCUGGAAGACCCCAGGGUUCUGUCAGUGAAUAAAACUGAAGAGAUCCACCAGGGAUACCAGAACCUGAUUUCCGAAAUUAACAAACCUGGCACAAAAUAUGUGCUUAAACUGGCCAAUAGGCUCUAUGGAGAAGCAUCUUACGACUUCCUUGCGACUUUCACAGAUGCAUGUGAAAAGUUUUAUCAUGCCAGUUUAGAGAGAUGUAACUUCGUUAAAGAACCAGAAGGUUCUAGAAAACACAUAAACACCUGGGUUGAAGAAACGACAGCAGGUAAAAUCAAAAACCUGCUCCCUGAGGGAAUAAUUGACUCUCUUACAAGGCUGGUGUUGGUGAAUGCCAUCUACUUCAAGGGCAACUGGGCAAAUCAGUUCCUCCAAGACCGCACAGUGGAACGGUCCUUCAAAAUUAACAAGAAUGAAAGCAAACCCGUGCAAAUGAUGUACAAGAAAGCAAAAUUCAACAUGACCUACAUAUCAGAUUAUCAAACCAAAAUCCUUGAGCUCCCUUAUGUCGAAAACGAGCUUAGCAUGAUCAUCCUGCUUCCAGAUGAAAUCCAAGAUAAUUCCACCGGCCUGGAAAAGCUGGAGAGAGAAAUUACCUAUGAGAAGCUUGUGGACUGGACCAACCCAGAGAUGAUGGACAUAACAGAAGUUGAGUUGUCUUUGCCCAAGUUUAAACUGGAAGAAAAAUAUGACCUAAAGCCUGUUCUGAGCAGCAUGGGCAUGGCAGAGGCCUUUCACCAGGGCAAGGCCGACUUCUCUGGGAUGUCAUCCGGCAAUGAUUUAGUCCUUUCAGAGGUUGUUCACAAAUCCUUCAUAGAGGUCAACGAAGAGGGAACGGAGGCAGCUGCUGCUACUGCAGCGGUUAUGAUGUUGCGGUGUGCUAGGAUUGUGCCGCGAUUCACGGCUGAUCACCCCUUCCUCUUUUUUAUUCGGCACAACAAAACAGGAACCAUUCUGUUCUACGGGAGGUUCUGUUCCCCCUAAAGUGCCUCACACUAGCACAUUAGAGUUGCAUUCAUUUCUAAUCUGUCAUCUUAUAAAUGGUGUUUCUCAUAUUGGACCUCCUUUAUUCUGCCUUCCGCAGGUUCCAUAGAGCUCAAUUAAUGGUAGGCUUAAUAUAAGGAAAAUCCUUCUAUAGGAGCAAAAAUUCAGAGGCCUGCUCACAAUUCACAUUAAGAUGCCUGUGUCCUGGUAAGCCUUAUCCAGUUAGGAGACUUCCUCAUCACCUUAAGGUGAAACUGCUAAAGAAUUAGCAGACCUUACUAACUGUACUCCUCAUGCCUUUUUUGAUACAUGUUUUACUUGGGAGAGUAGGGGUUCACUUUUGAAGUGAUCUGGAACCCACUGGCGAAAGAUUUUCUCAGGCAGCGUCCAUCUUUCUUUUUCCAGGAUGCUUCAUACAAAACAAAAAGUGCCAUUAUUAAUUAAAAAAAACAGACUUUUACCAAAGGAUCUUACACAACGUGAAUAUUUGAGAAAGUUGUUUUAUCAUUGGGUUUAGGGUGUUCAUUGUGGCACGGAUACCUUGCACAGAUUUGAGAGUACAGUGACAAAAUGUUCUAAACAAAUAACAGGUGUUAAAACUAGGAGCCAUAAUAGUCCUGAAUUAUACAUUUAUUGAGCAUACAGAUGACUUUGCAUCUGUAUCUGCGAACUGUAUGUUGAACUGGGGAUUCUGUUAUUUUUACUGCUUUCACAAACUAUGAAACUAAACAGCCUUUAUAUGUAACCACAGACAAAUGGAAUGUACCUCGUUGAAUCUAUUACUUGGUUGUGAUGCAAAAAAUAAAUAAAGGAACUUCAUCUGAA